CUCGAUGCGGUCACGCAGAGAAUCAACAGCAUGAUGAGCAAGAAUGGGGCGGAGAAUGGCGCCGCGGCUGAAAAGGUCGAAGAGAAAGACGAUAAGGAGAAGGCAGGGAGCUCCGAUCUCCGAGAGUCAAGUUAUGAGGUCAAGGUCACGCUUGCCGACCAACAGGCAGACCCAAAUUCGCCAUUGUACAGCGCAACGAGCUUCGAAGAUCUGGGGCUGCAUGAAGACCUUCUCAAGGGCAUCUACGCGAUGAAGUACCAGAAGCCUUCCAAGAUUCAGGAGCGAGCCUUGCCGCUCUUGCUCCAGAACCCGCCUCGCAACAUGAUCGGACAAUCGCAAUCGGGUACCGGAAAGACUGCCGCCUUUGUCCUCACGAUGCUUUCACGUAUCGAUUUCGACCUCCAGAAACCUCAAGCUAUUGCUCUGGCUCCCUCUCGUGAGCUCGCUCGUCAAAUUAUGGACGUUGUCACGACGAUGGGCAAGUUCACAAAGGUCAAAACGUGCUACGCCAUCCCCGACGCCGUCAAGCGCGGCGAAAAGGUUGACGCUCACCUCAUCGUGGGCACUCCGGGAAAGACAUUUGACCUGAUUAAGUCUCGCUCCAUCGACACGUCCAACAUGAAGGUCUUCGUGCUCGACGAAGCCGACAACAUGCUCGACCAGCAAAGCUUGGGCGAACAAAGCAUUCGUGUGAAGAACACAAUGCCAAAGACGUGUCAGCUCGUGCUUUUCUCAGCCACCUUCCCCGACAACGUUCGAGACUAUGCUGCCCGGAUUGCACCGACCGCGAACGAGAUCCGACUUAAACAAGAGGAGCUCAACGUCGACCUGAUCAAGCAGUUCUACAUGGAUUGCGAGAGCGAAGACCACAAGUAUGAGGUACUUGUCGAGCUCUACAACCUGCUCACAAUCGGCCAGAGCAUCAUCUUCUGCGCGAAACGAGAGACUGCGGAUCGAAUAGCCGAGAAAAUGACGAAGGAGGGCCACAAGGUUGAUUCGCUGCAUGGCAAACUUGACACAGCCGAGCGUGACCGGACUAUUGACGCCUUCCGAGAUGGCAAGUCCAAAGUCCUCAUCUCGACGAAUGUCAUCGCUCGCGGAAUCGACAUCCUGCAAGUCACUUGCGUCAUCAAUUACGACAUGCCCUUGAGUGGCGACAACCAGGCAGAUGCGGAGACCUAUCUGCACCGAAUUGGUCGAACGGGUCGAUUCGGCCGCAAGGGUAUCUCGAUCAACUUUGUCCACGACCAGGCAUCAUGGCAACUCAUGAACCAGAUUGAGAAGAAGCUCCAGUGCUCCAUCACCCGCGUGCCCACGACAGACUUUGAAGAGAUGGAAAAGAUCAUCAAGGACUUCAACGGGCUGAAAAAAGACGUGUUUAUCUCGGCAGCGCUCAAAGCCUGAGGAAGCACCUCAGUACGGCACUGAAUACCAGUGGGACAGCCCUGUACGCUCCCCCUUCUACUUCUUCCAUCGCUGGCAGAG